GAUGUGAGCCACAUCCUUGAAGUUGUAUAUUCAAUGCUUUUUUGCUCGUGAUUGUAAAUUUCAUUGGUGUUAUAACAAUCUGCUAAAGAUAAUGAUUAAGAUAAUAAAAACGAAUUGUCGGUAUCCUUUUCAUUUCAGCUAAAAGUCCGAUACGUAGUUUAUUCUAGCCUAUCCCAGUAAGUUUCUCAGUAUGAGUAACCAACAUUACAUUAUUUUUCACAACAUCCUGUUUUUUUCCCCAACCGAAUCCCUAAUGCUGGCCAAUCAUUUCUUAGGGAAAAUGUGACUGCUAGGAAUUCCCCACGCAUCGGUUUUCGGUAAGAAAAAAAGAAGAAAAUUAACAGUGUAACCUUACGUCAGCCACGCGAACGUAGUGAAACUAGAGUUGGCAUAUUUACUGUACUGAUGAUGUCGAGCAUCAUCUCACAAAUGGGAUUAUUUUUUGGGAUAAUAACAAGAUGCUGAUAAGUGCCUACUGAAGAUAUUAUGCUACUGGACGAUUUUGAUGAAGACAUUGUCAUUUUAAAUGUCUGACAUUAUAAAAUAAGGAUUUAAGGCAGGUGUAGAUGCUCCAGACGCAGCAGGCCCCAGGAAGAGGCUGCCUCCAUCUAGGCUCAGCGCGGCUCUUCUCUCAAACAAGUGUGAAGAGGCCACUGGAGAAUCUCAAGAAGGGAAGCCAUUUUGUUGUGACCCACAGUGACUCUUCAGCAGUGACAUUGACAUUUGAACCUUGGGUGCAGUCUGGUGGAUUUUCUGGACAGUCCCUGGAGGGGUAGGAAAACACCCUACCCAUCUGUGUCCUACCCUCAGAUCUUCAUCACCAUGGCAACAGCAGUGCAGCCCAAUGAGCUAGUGUUUGAGUUUGCCAGCAAUGGAAUGGAUGAGAUCAAUCAGCUGGAUGACCCAUCCGUGUUUCCAGCUGUCAUCGUAGAGCAGGUGCCCGCCGCUGACCUGAUGCAGGUCUACUCGGGCAUGGAAUCGGACGAGGUGGCCAACGGCAUCAUGGUGGACACCACUCUACACGUGGUGGAGGAGGCCAUUAUGGUCGGAGACGUGGGCCUCUCAGAAACGACGGUGUCAGACACAGAGGACAGCAUGGAGACCAACGAGGCUGCGGCAGCCCUUCUCAACAUGGAGUCACCGAACAACAUCCUGGACGAGAAGCGCAUGAUUCACACCUAUGGGACCAUGUUGGAGUCUGACUACACCUACAUCCCUCUUCGGCCGGAGGCCAAUGGCUGCAUGGAUGUAUCGCUGGACGAGGAAACAUCCUCCAUGGACGAGAUCCCUCAGAGGAGCGUGUCCAAACCACAGAGGAAAACCAAAGUGCGCAAGCCGCGGGCGGUGCGUCCAUGCUCCCCCAUCACCACUCCCAGCCUGCCAUUCAAGAAGAAGAGCAAGGAGGGCAAAGGGAACACCAUCUACCUAUGGGAGUUCCUCCUGGCCCUGUUGCAGGACAAGAACACCUGUCCCAAGUACAUCAAGUGGACGCAGAGGGAGAAGGGCAUCUUUAAGCUGGUGGACUCCAAGGCUGUGUCCAAACUGUGGGGCAAGCACAAGAACAAACCCGACAUGAACUAUGAAACCAUGGGCAGGGCACUCAGGUAUUACUACCAGCGCGGUAUCCUGGCUAAGGUGGAGGGCCAGCGGCUGGUCUACCAGUUUAAAGAGAUGCCUCUUGACCUAGUGGUGAUAGAUGAUGAGGACACAUGCCCCGAACUCAGCGCUGGCUACGGGGGUCAGCGCCCCAGCCAUCACGGCCGGGGAAUGGGUGGCCGUGGAGGCCCCAGAGGCGGUCACGGAAAGAACCAUGCUCAUGGGCGCCAUCCUAUAUCGGUAAAACAAGUGAAGAGAGAGCCCAUUGAUAUGGAUGGAGGGCUGUACCAUGAGGUCAACGGGACACAUGCAGAACAGAUGAACCAGACGGUCCACGUGCUGCAGCCCAACCAGGGGGCGGCUGUGCCGGCCUCCUCACACAACUCGAGGAACAUCAACAUGGCUACCUCCGUUCCCAUGGUCCUGACAUCGUCCGGACAGUUGCAGCCCCUCCUGUCCAAUGGUGACUCCUCCAGCCACUCUUCCCCGCCCAGGAUUAUCCUCCACACUGUCCCCUCCACCACCGCGGGGGGAAAAGAUGUCCUCACCAUUCAGACGGCCUCCUUGGCCACCGGAGCAGGCAGCCUCCAGGACCACCACCAUCAACACCAGCAGCCCCAGUUUCUGGUCACCAGUCUGGGCUCCACCACGGGGGUCAUCAACUCCACCACGGCUUCCCUCAAUGGUCUCCCCCGCCUAGUUACCCUCAACGCGGCCACUGGUCAGCCCAUGGUGGCCCAGCAACCAGGAACAGUCAUCGCCACCGUGCUCAAGUCCUCGAGUGGUGACGAGCUCCUCCAUGGCCUGCACGGCAUCAAGGAGGAGAUGCUGGACCCUUACUACCUGCAGUCGUGGGUUAAUGGAGACCCGUCCUUUGGGAUGGAGGCAGGGGAAGCAGAGCUCACCUACAGGACUGUGAUCAUUGGGGCGAAUCAAAGUCUUGGGCAGAGCCAGGGAGAGACUGGCAGCGAGUCUCCAGUGAACGGACACCUUGCCCAGGGAAGCAGCCCCAGCGAGGGCCUUACCCCUGUGGAGGAGCUGGAGGUGCGUGGGGAGAUGGCUCUGCAGCCAGAGCACAUGCUGGGGGUCAAGGGGCUCCAGGAGCUGCCGGAGAUCACCCUCCACCUCCCGUCCUCCUUCAUCCAGAUCAAGACAGAGCCCACGGAGGCCUAGUAGGCCUGGACUCUCCCACCAAAGCUGGACUAUUGGAAUCAACAUAAAAAAAGACUUCUUAACUAAGUUUCCUUUUCCUUAUCCGAAUGAUAAUCUGAUUUUGAAAAGCAAUGGAUUUUUGAAAUAUAGAGCGACAAACAGGCCAAAUGUUGGCUCCUGCAGGAUAUUUUUAUUUACUCACAGCUGUUCUGGUCACGAGCCUACAUUUGACCUUCAAGGGAUUGUUUUGUGAUGUGUUGGUGAAGGCUCCAUCGAUCCAAUAGAGCUCCACAGUGGAGGUGUUAUAAUACCCAUAAAACCUAGCUGUCAAACAGGGAAAUGGUUUGAACCGUUUUUGUACCAUCCAUUUUUAGAAACACUUAAAAUGAGGGUGGUUUCGUGUAGGCGUACUGUGGCGUUACAUUUGAUAACCAUGUAAAUCUCUCUUGGACAAGGUGACUUUUAUCAAUAUAUUCGGUUCUAUUUACUCUCAGACUUGAAAAUGCUAAUUAGCAUCAAAGUAGACAUCAUGCAAGACUACAAAUCCCUGCAAGCUCCUACACGUCAUCUCUAACUGACACUUUGCUAACAGGUAUUGUGUCAAUUUAAAACUUGCACAAGACAGUUCACAGAAUUAUCAAUUUAGAUACAUUUUGCCAAUUUAUUCAUUACUAAAUUUAGCUAACGUUAGAUACUUAAUCCAGAGAUUGUUACCUUUGCCUCGAUUCGGCAGUCUCGUCCAGAUCAUCAUGGAAUUUGUAGUUCUUUAUGAUAGCCACAUUAGAAGCUAAUUAGCAUGACAUUUUUAGGGGGCAAAUGCAGGCAAACAUAUUGAUAAAAGUCACCUUGUCAUAGAGAGAUUUACACAGUUAUCAAAACGUCACGCCAGGGUAAGCCUACACAAAACACAGCCCUUAUUUUAAGUAUCUAAAAUUCCCUAUGGGACAAAUGUAUGGUGGAAAAACGAUUGGAACCAUUUCCUUGUUUUUCCGCUAGCUUUUAUGGGUAUUAUGACUCAUACUGUGGUACUCUAUUGAGGUCCUAUCGAACUAUCUACCUACCUUGCUACUGUCAGUAGUCCCGCCCCCUUCCUAAACCCCGCCCCACCAGGAGAAUAGCCAUUGGAUAACCAGGAAUCUCCCCUACCACACGUGCCAGUUAGACUACUCCAUUCUCUACCUACCAGUACAUCUCAUCAGACUUGUGUCAAUUCUAACAGAGACAAAAACAGGAAACUAAAAACAGGAGAUGGGAACUCAUGUGGGAGAAUGCAAUGAAAUCAGACUUGUUGAGUAGAAAAUGUGUAAUUUUCUGCACGCCGUCUCCACUUUUUCUUUUUCUAAGGACGAUGAAUGGAAAUCUUUUCUGAAGAGUGCCUUAUACGGAAAGGUACACCGGUUCAAACUCUUGAUUGGUAAAGUCUGUGAGGAGAAUAAAUGACAGUUCAGAUUGUUUUGACGUUUCUGGAAUUUCUUCCAGAUUCCACCCUUAUUAUCACAUUGUUGAUUAGGUGUGCAUUCCCCUUCAUUACACAUGGCCUUACAGCAAUGUGUUACUAUGGAAAUGUGCAUUUUCCUGUCCCCUUGGACAAUCCAAUCACAAACCUGUUUGUAUAUAACUGCAGAAUUGAUGCAGGGAGAGAGAAAGAGAUGCGGAGGAAAAAUAAAACAUGUUUUACUAGCCUCCUAUCUCCCCAUUAAGGCAUUUAAUCUUGUUUAUAUAUAUAGUAUAUACUGAACAAAAAUAUAAACGCAACAUGCAACAAUUUCAUUGAUUUUACUCAGUUACAGUUCAUAUUAAAUAAAUAAAUUAGGCACUAAUCUAUGAAUUUCACAAGACUGGGAAUACAGAUAUGCAUCUGUUGGUCAAAGAUACCUUAAAAAAAUGGGCCUCACAAUGGGCCUCAGGAUCUUGUCACAGUAUUUUUGUGCAUUCAAAUUGCUAUCGAUAAAAUGCAAUCGUGUUCUGUGGUAUUUUAGAGUGACCUUUUAUUGUCCCCAGCACAAGGUGCACCUGUGUAAUGAUCAUGCUGUUUAAUCUGCUUCUUGAUAUGCCACACCUGUUAAGUGGAUGGAUUAUCUUGACAAAGGAGAAAUGCUCAGUAACAGGGAUGUAAGCAAAAUUGUGCACCGAAUUUGAGAGGAAUAAGCUUUUUGUGCCAAUGAAACAUUUCUGGGAUCUUUUAUUUCAGCUCAUGAAAAAUGGGACCAACAUGUUUUGAAUCUCAAUUAUAUAUAUAUAUAUAUAUAUAUAUUUAUUUUGUGAAUGUCUAAAUUCUUUAUUAUUUACAUAUGCAAAACCCGAGGGAAAAUAUACAAAGUAUAUGAAAUGAAAUAACAGGAUGUCAUUUUUUUCUUCCAAAAAGCUGAUAUUAAAAUUUUUAAGCAUUCCAUAUAAUCAGCGCAGUGUUGAUGAUGACAUUUUUUCUCUUUUGUACUCAAAGUGAUUUGCUCUGAAGCAAAUGAUCUUCUCUGUAGAUAUCACCUGGCCUGUGUCAUUUUUAAACAUUGUAUUGUAUGUGCUUUGGUUCUUCAUCCCCUUUAACAGUGGACAUACCUCUAGCUGGAGUGAACAGCAGACCAUCUGACGCACUCUAGCUCAGGACCUGAAGACAAACUUUACAGAGCAUCAGUCUUAUGUCAGAGUUCUCUGUGUCUGCAUUGACAAUCUGAAUGUUGUACAGUACAAAUGUGAUGCCAAGUUAUGACAAUCAAUGCUCUCUAGGGUUACAAAGAGGACCAAAAUUGUCUUUAGGGUUGAUAAUUGACUGCAUUGACAUCUGUGGGUGGGGUUGAUUGGAUUUUCUUGCUUACAGACGCUUACGUUGUAUAUACAACGCAAGUAUGUGCUGGCCAACAUUUUCUUUGUAAGCACUGUUGUAUGUGAGAUGUUGGGGGUAUGUCCACUCUGUCUGUCCGAUCAUUGUGCUUGAUUGUUUUCCUUUGUCUUGGGUUUUCCAUGGCUUCCUCCUAUGCUGAAACUAGAUUU